UAAAUACACAUUCACAGUUAUACAUAGCUAUACAAAAUUCCAAAAAUAGAGCCACAAGUUAUUGUGCAGCCCCAGGUUUUGUCUCUCGGUUUCUCGUUGUGCAACACUAGAAACAUUGCGCACUUUUUAACACUAACAAAGAUUCAUUUCUUUCAUUAUGGCAAUUUAACAUAAACAACAAUUCACGCCAACUAAUUUAUUUAACGCCACAGUCAUCGCUCAAACACCGGACUUCAUUUCUGUUGUCAUUCUUGAAAACGCACCACAAACGUUAAUUGCAGCCAUAAAAAUAAAACCAGAAAUCGGAAAAGUGAAACUCAUUCGGCAACAGCAGCCAAAAAAGCAUUUUGUAAAACAACAAGCAUACUAUGAAAUGGCUUAAGGUUAACUUUGGUGAGAAGGUGGCUGAAGCAGCUCUGCAGCGGCAGCAACAGGCGGCGACCGUCGACGAUACAAUGCCCUCGGCCAUCAGUGGCGGCGCGCAUGGGCAAGUGCAUAUACCCAGCAAUGAGGAGUGCGGCAUACGAGACGUAUGGAAACAUAAUCUUGAGGAGGAAUUUCGCACCAUACGAAAGAUUGUGCAAAAAUAUCAUUUUGUUGCAAUGGAUACGGAAUUUCCAGGCGUUGUGGCGCGACCCGUUGGCGAAUUUCGUUCAACGGCCGAUUAUCAUUAUCAAUUACUGCGCUGCAAUGUGGAUUUGCUGAGGAUCAUACAGCUGGGACUGACAUUCAUGGAUGACGAUGGCAAAACGCCCCCGGGCUACUCCACAUGGCAAUUCAAUUUCAAGUUCAAUCUCAGCGAGGAUAUGUAUGCGCAGGAUUCGAUUGAUUUACUGCAAAACUCGGGCAUACAGUUCAAGAAGCAUGAAGAGGACGGCAUUGAUCCCAUUGAUUUUGCCGAGCUUCUAAUGAGCUCCGGCAUUGUGCUAAUGGAUAAUAUCAAAUGGCUGUGCUUUCAUUCCGGCUACGAUUUUGGCUAUCUGCUAAAGCUGCUCACCGAUCAGAAUCUGCCCGCGGAUGAGAGUGACUUUUUUGAGCUGUUGCACAUCUAUUUUCCCAACAUCUUUGAUAUCAAAUAUCUGAUGAAGUCGUGCAAGAAUCUAAAGGGCGGCCUGCAGGAAGUCGCCGAUCAGCUGGAGCUGCGACGCGUCGGGCCACAGCAUCAGGCCGGCUCGGAUGCGCUGCUAACGGGCAUGGCCUUCUUCAAAAUGCGUGAGAUGUUCUUUGAAGAUAAUAUCGAUCAUGCCAAAUAUUCGGGACACUUAUACGGUCUGGGCACCUCGUUCAUUGUGAAUGGCACCAAUUUCCACGAGAGCAACGGCGAAUCGAACAGCGCCUCAUGAUUUAUCCUGAUGAAGAACGCCGUCGUGCAUGACAAGAAACUCGAACAAGUUGCUGGAGCUGCUGCAUCAUCAUCAUCAUCAAUAUUAUCAUUAUCAUCAUCAUCAUCAUCGGCUGCUGCUGUCUCUCUCCUAGCCCAGUUAUGAGCGGGAGAGGCAUCAUUCACAACAUUCAACAACCGCAUCGUUAGAAAAAAAAAAUAAUAAUCCAAACUAUCCACAAUUAAGCUAUUGCAAUACAAAACAAUUUACUUACACGAGAUUUUCUAUGCUUUUAAAAGAAAGUUUCCACACUCUGUAGAUGUUUUACAACAAAUUUAAAAA